ACGUGUGUCCCUCCUAUAUAGCGGCCAAGAGUCACCCAAGGUGAAGCAACACAGACCAACGCACACACACACACACACCUUGAGACCGCUGCUGAGGAACAACAUGGCAAACUUCUCUGUAGAAUGGCUUUCCAAAAGUUAUUAUGAGGAGACGAGUGUGCAGGGUCGGGCUGCUGCGCGUCAUUCAAAAGUCCAUAGUGAAAUGGAGGAAUUUACAAAGGACUCAAGAAGCCACUACUCUCCGACCUCGCCAAACAAUAGUUGCGGAUACACUUCGGGGUCUGAGAGCGAGGUGGGAGAUGACAGCGAGGGGGAAGCCACCCAGCAACGAAGGAUGAGGACAAAGUUCACCUCCGAGCAAAUCAGCAAACUGGAGAAUACCUUCAGCAAGCACAAGUACCUGGGCUCUGUGCAGAGGAGGAAGAUUGCCGAGAAGCUGAACCUCUCAGAAACUCAGGUGAAAACGUGGUUCCAGAACAGGAGGAUGAAGCUGAAGCGGGAGGUGCAGGAUCUGCGUCCUGAGUUCCUGCCGGUCCCGGCCGCUCUGCUGCCGCCUCUGCUGUUUCAGCACCCCGCCCUGCGUGGACAGCUCCCCGCCAGCAGCGGCUUCUACCCGCAGCUGCAGCCGCUCCGCGGGACGGCCCUGCCCGCUCCUCCGCACCAACAGCGCCCCCACCCUGUCAGCAUGCCUCCACACUUCUACUGACCCCCCCC